UUCACACUUACUCCAUCUCUGUGACGUUCCUUCACACUCAAUACACGCCUUUAAUUUCACUUCCUCCGCGAGCGGCGACUGGGAUGGGGCUGGCUGAUUUCAGCCUAGGAAAGGAACAUCAUGUAAAAGAAGAGUAAAACACAUAAAGCGCGUUCUUCCUGUUAAGCACUGUAAGUUGCACGUGGCUCUCUGCGGUUGAGAGAGAGAAGCGAAGAAGUGACAGUGAAAAGAACGUGGCAGACAGUUAUACCAUGCAGGUGAAUGAUCGCCCCAGCAGUCACCCCAUUUUUGUGGCUCCUGUCAAUGGAAAUGCUCAGCGGUCAUCAGGAUAUGUUCCAGGCAGGAUUGUUCCAGUUCGUUCUCUGCCCCCAGCCAAGGACCCUCCACCACCCCCACUGAAGCACCCAGCCCCGCCCCCUUUACGGCCUUCGGUUUUUAAUCUGUCGGAAGAUGAGAGCAGGAGGGAACGCGCCCAAAACCAGAAUAGGAAGAAUACUUAUAUCUGUGCUGGCAUCUUCUUUGGGCUGUUCCUCCUGAUUCUCAUACUCAUCCUCAGUCUUACCUCCAAAGAUGUUUUGGAUGAGAACUGCCCUCAUCACAACCCUGCGCUGCAGACCUGGAACCCAGGCCAUGAUCCCAAAAAGGUGGUGGUGGUACACAGUGGUGAGCAUUAUUGCUUGGCUACAUCUGCCACCCUGCACUCAAUCACCAUCCAGUCUGGAGGUUCGGUUGUUUUUGCCGAUGAUAAAGUCGGCUCCAAAAACAUUACAUUACAAACACGCCACAUUUUGGUUAAAGAUGGUGGUUCUCUCCAUAUUGGGGCUCCAAAAUGCCGCUAUCGCUCCCUGGCCACCAUCACCCUGGUUGGCCGCUCAGACGAGACUGCUGUGGCCGAGGUUCCAGGGAUGGGACGAAAAUUUUUAGGUGUGAAUGGCGGAGGUACCCUGGAGCUCCACGGAUCAGAGAGGCUCUCCUGGACCCUCCUCACUCGCACUGUACCCUCUUCGGGUCUAGUUACCGGUGGCUAUGCCUUCCAGAGGAACUUCAGCCGUGGAAUUAACCUGCGGGUGGUUGAUCAGGAUACGGCGGAAGUGCUGCACACGGAGCGUUUCGAUACACAUGAGUCUCAUAACGACAGUAAGAGGCUGAGUGACCUGCUGAAGUCGCUGUCUCCAGGACACAUUGUUGCACUGGCUAUCGGAGAUUCAGCAGUGAAGAGCCUACUGGAUGAAACCAAGAGGACCAUCCAGGAUCUUCUAGGAAGCAACCACAUCAAUGAUCUCAAAUACAGGCAGGCUUGGGCAUUGGUCUCGGUCAUAGGUGGUGGGAAUGGUUCUUGUACAGAAGACGUAAGAGAACAUGAGAACCAUGACACAGGUGGCAAAGCACUGGCUCGUCGAGACUUUAUCACAGUGGACGGAGUUCGAUUCAGUGUUUCUGCGUACAGUGAGUGGCGAAAUGGUUACCCUAUAUCAGGCUUCCAAGUGGAUGCAGUGGAUAAAGUGGUUCUGAACCUGCUAGAUGAUGUCAGCAGCUGGAAACCAGGUGAUCGGAUUGUGGUGGCGAGCACAGAUUACUCUAUGCAUCAGGCCGAGGAAUUCACGCUGCUCCCCUGUCCCCACUGUAACAGGAAACAGGUCAGAAUUCAAGGAAAACCUCAGUUCACUCACGUGGGAGAGAUACUGGACGGUGUGGACAUGCGUGCGGAGGUGGCUCUCCUCUCAAGGAAUAUCCUUAUUCAUGGAGAAAUGGAAAACUCCUGCUACGGAAAAAACUGGUGCCAGUUCUUCAGCCACGACACUUUCGGGGGACACAUCAAGAUUAUGGGGAACUUCUCGUCAGUACACUUGUCUCAGGUGGAGUUGAAGCACAUGGGUCAGCAGCAGGAGAAGGGCAAAUACCCCGUGAACUUUCACAUGUGUGGAGAUGUGGACCAGCGUGGGGGCUACAGUGACCCCGCCUAUGUGGACUCCCUCUCCAUACAUCACUCCUUCUCCCGAUGCGUCACUAUACACGCCACCAACGGCCUGCUGGUUAGGGACACGGUUGGCUACGAUACGCUUGGACAUUGUUUUUUCCUGGAGGAUGGGAUUGAACAAAGGAACGUAUUUUUCCACAACCUUGGCUUGUUGACCAGGCCGGGAACCAUUCUACCUACUGACCGCAAUGAUAGCAUGUGCAUAGAAAUUACAGACCGAGUACACAAAGGCUAUACACCUUCUCCUGCAAACGAGUGCAAGGCAGUGUCUACAUUUUGGAUUGCCAACCCCAAUAAUCAUUUGAUCAGUAAUGCAGCAGCUGGCUCACAGGAUGCAGGGAUCUGGUACGUCUUUCACAACUCUUCUACAGGUGACUCUCAUGGACUGGUUCCAGAGACAAAAGCUGAGCUUACACCUCUGGGCAUUUUUUAUAACAACCGAGUUCAUUCUAACUUUAAGGCUGGCCUCUUUAUCGAUAGAAAAGUCAAGAGUACCAAUGCCACGGCAGCAGACCCACGUGAAUACCUCUGUUUGGACAACACCGCCAGGUUCAGGCCUCAUGAGAACUCUGAUCCAACCAGGCCACGAAUGUCCGCUCUCAUCGACACACUCAUCUCCUUUAAGAACAAUGAUCUGGGGGCCUGGAUCCGAGGAGGUGACAUCAUUAUACGAAACUCAGGAUUUGCAGACAAUGGUGUUGGACUCUCAUUUGCAAGCGAUGGCAGCUACCCUAAAGAUGAGGGCUCUAGUCAGGAGGUCUCCCAGUCUCUGUUUGUUGGUGAAAGCAGAAAUCGGGGCACCAACGGAGGGCAAAAUAAAUACUGGGGCAUCAGUGGAGUGGACGGAAAGAUGAGGACUCUUCCAAGAAACAAGACAUUUCCAAUUCGAGGUUUUCAGAUAAAUGAUGGUCCAGUGAGGAUCAUAAACAGCACAUAUCGGGCCUUCAGCUCGACAGCAGAGCGCUAUACCAUGGCUGUGGGUUUCAGCCUGAAAAACAUCUGGCAGCUGACACCCAGAAAUAGUCUGUCAUUUCUCGCCUUCCACCCGAGUGUGACUCGGAGAACGUUUUUUGGGCGCCCAGGCGAGUGGUUUGAGCAGAAUGAUCUGGACGGCGAUAAAAACUCAAUCUUUCAUGACCUGGAUGGUUCAAUCUGCAAUUACACAGACACAUAUGUAGGGAGAGCCGACAACUUCCUGAUUCGCCAUCCUCAGUGUGUGGAUGUUCCUCAUUGGAAUGGGGUUGUGUGCAGUGGCAAGUACUCUCAGGUGUACAUACAGACACAGGGUGCAUCUAAUCUCAGCCUCUCCAUUAGCAGAGAUGAAUACCCUGAUAAGCCCAUGGUGCUGAGAGGCAUCAGAAGCCAGACAGCACCAUCCCAGCAAUACCAGCCUGUUCUGAUGAUGGGCAAGAGCUAUACGGUGCACUGGAAUGGACCUGCACCGAGAGAAAUAGUCCUUUCACUUAUUAACUUUGACCAGGGUGACUGGGCUCUGCUUGGCCUCUGCUACCCCAAUGAUACAGUCUUCCAGAUCACAUCAGACAUCUACAACAAGCAAAACAAUGGUUUUGAUGGCAUAGAGGACUACGGCCCUGUUUCAUCCAUGUCAGAUCUAGAGAAACGACAGCUGGAGAGGAAGUUCUUUUUCGAUAAAUCUGUUGGCUUGGUAUGGCUGUAUGCACAAGCACGACACAGACGUGACGGCCACAGCUACUGCUCCACCGUGGGCUGCGAGAGAGUGAAGAUCAUAGCUACCGUUCGUGCCAACCAAAAGACACAGACUUGCAACUGCACCGCCAGUGCCUACCCCAAAUACAGCAAGACUGCCAGCGCCAUAGUGCCUAUGCCAAAGCCAAACACAGGGCCCUGCAGAGCCUGUGGGGCCUCACAGUUUGCCUUCUCCAGUGAUCCGUGGAACAGCUACCUCCAAACCCAGAUCAAAUCCCUGAGUGUACAAGAGGAACAGAGUAAUGACACACAAGCCUAUAUCACUGUGAAUGCAGAAAGAUUUAACCUCAACCAGUCUGGGUUUCUCUUGGUUACUGUGGAUGCAUGCUCUGGACAAGUCACAAAGAGCUCAUUAUUUCCCAAGAUGGACUCUAAAAUGGAACAUUAUUUCAAAACUGGAAUUAUGAAGAGAUCAAUCGUUCUUCUCGCCACAAGAGGUCAGCCUGCUGACAUUGGUGCUGUUGCACAAUAUCUGGUCCCUUUGGGAUCCGCUAAAGUGCCAGAUCUUCAGAAUAAAGAGGCCAUUGCUUUCUAUGGGUUCCUCGGCAAGGGAGGUCUUUCACCACAGCCAUGGGCUGCUCUGUUAGCCUGCCAAGGUGCCAGGGUGCUGGGCUUACAGGAAAGGUUCAUUCCCCUGUCCUUAGAGGAAUAUUCUUGUCCACCACAAAAAGACCCUCCUACACGGAUGGAUCUAGAACUCCUGAGAAAUUCUCUUCGCUGAAAAUGAGCCUUUACCAGAUGUGAACAAACAACACAACCAGUGAAUGAAUGAAUGUGAACUUAUGAACUUAAUUUAUUUUGUUAAAAGAAAGUGUUAGUAGUGUUUGGAUUAGUAUUUUAUUAAGCAAAUGAAUGUAUUUGUGUCUGUUUCUGCCUUGUGUGGUUGUUUUUUUUGUCAAAUGUUACAGCACAAAGUGAUGCACUUUUUUAUAAUACAUACAAAACACCUUUAAUUCAAACUGAAUAAAAAAUUGACAGGGCAAGGUGAAAGUACAUUAGAAAUGUAGAAAAUUAAAUACCACCAGUACAGAAGUACAGCACAAUACAGAACAGGACAUUUGGUGAUUGGCCUUCAUCCCCAACGAUUUGCUGGUGUAUUACUGCCACAUAAAUGGUUAAUUGUCUUUGAUUAAACAGAAGAACACUCAGACUUUCCUUUUCCGUGUUAUUAUUCCUCAUUUUUUUAAUGGGGUAUGUCACUAUUUAAUUGUCAUAUUGGAAGGGCUAUUAACUCUCAAAUUUCACUGCUGCUCACACUAAUGACUGUGCACUGUUUACUUUCACAGUAGAUGCUUUCAGGUAGUUAAGUACUUUCAAGUGUUAGACUUCUAGUAUUCAUGUUUCAUUCACAACAUGAAGCGUUCAAUACAUAUAAAAUCUUUUCAGAAACAAUAAACCGGUGUCUGUUGUUAGGUAGCCUUUUUUUAAAGGUGUUUAAACAGUUAGCAACUGAAAUUGAAGAUUUCUGUUUGUCAUUGGUCUACUUUGUUUAACAGUGGAAAUCCCACCAAAGAUUUAUAUUGCGUAAAAUGAUAAUGCCCAUUAAAACUUGUCUGUGUUUAUUGUGUUGUCACUUUGCUUGAGAAAUGCAGUAUAACAUCCCAUAUGAAAUGUAAUAUUGUCAUUAUUGUGUUUGUAAUGGAGACCUCAAUGGUCCGGACAUGACUGUAUUGAUUUGAGAUGAAUUAGUUACUUGUUAACCACUGUAAAUAGUUUAAAAGUUUGAAUGGUAGUUGGAAAGUCUUUUGAUACAAUGCACAGAAAUGGCUGUUCAUUUUUGUAAAGUGUUAAAGUGAUGUAAAGAUGCAGUUGUUAGUAUACUGAACAAAAAUAUAAACGCAACAUGCAACAAUUUCAAAGAUUUUACUGAGUUACAUUUCAUUUAAGGAAAACGGUCAAUUGAAAUAAAUUCAUUAGGCCCUAAUCUAAUCUAAUCAAUGCAUAUGGAAAAUUUCUGGGAUCUUUUAUUUCAGCUUAUGAAACAAGGGACUAACACUUUACAUGUAGCGUUUAUAUUUUUGUUCAGUGUAUGUGGGGGUUGUUUCCUCAAAGUAUUUUUUAUUUGUAAAAUGUCAAGUUUCCCUUUUGUACUUGCCAAAGAUUGUGUUGUUAUUUGAUAUUCUGAAAUUCAUAUAUUACAAAGCUUUUAAAACAUA